CGGAUGUAAACAAAGAUGUGUUACUGUGGCAGAUGCUCCGCUGAGGAGAGAAACCUGUGUCCGUGUGACGAGGAAAGGAGACACGUUUAUCUCCAGGACAACAGGGACACGGACUGAAGGUGGAACACGGCAGCUAAACAUGCUAACAGAUGCUAACAGAGCUAACCGGGCUAACCGAGCUAACAGAUGCUAACAGAGCUAACCGGGCUAACCGAGCUAACAGAUGCUAACAGAUGCAGCAGCUGAAACCAACUGGAAAGUUCAGUUUAACCGUGAAACCGUUUGAUCCAGACUCACCUCCAACCAGCUGCAGGUCUGAUCCAGUCUGCCCUGGUCUGAUCUGUCCGGAGGAGCAGCAGUGAUGGCGAGCCGCGGUCGGGGUCGGAGGACGAUGAGUUUCAGUGUGGACGCUGUCGGCAUCAGCAGAGGAGACGGUUUACCUCCAUCUAUGCAACAGCCUACACCUCUGUUCCCUGUGAUGGAGCAGAAGCCCCUCCCCCUGGCAGGUGGGGAGGAGGCGGAGUAUCUGUUAGCUCUCAAACAGGAAUUCAGAGGAGCCAUGAGGAGUCUACCCUGCUUCAUCCAACCAGCUGCUCCACACAGAGAUGUGGAGAGGUACUCUGAUAAAUAUCACAGCGGUGAGCAGACAGACAGUCUGCUGGCCUGGACUCCAGACUGGAAGAGAUUCCCCAGAGAGCUCCGAGUCCACAUGAGGAAACCCUGCAGAGACGGUGUGUCGGCGGCAGUCAGUCGGUCGGACAGAGUUCAGUCUGCUCAGAGGAAGAAACGCGUCAAAGAGAAAGAGGAGGUGCUGCUCAAACUGGAGACCCUGGAGAAGAAGGAGGAGCAGGAGAGUUCAGAGGAGGAGGAGGGAGAGGAGAAGAAGAAACAGGAGGAAGAGGAGGCAGAGGGAGAGGAGGAGUAUGACGAAGAAGAGUUUGAGGAGGAGACGGACUACAUCAUGUCAUACUUCGAUAACGGGGAGGACUUUGGAGGAGACAGUGACGACAACAUGGACGAGGCUAUUUACUGAAACAGCAGCGCACACACACACACACAGAGGACACUGUGGACAAAUGUGAGCAGGUGUGUGUUUGUGUCCCGGUCUCUGCAGACAAACCGUCCAGUGACUGUUUCUCUUUGGGUUUUUAAUGACAUGGAUCCGGCUCAGAAAGAGACGGAGGACUCGGUGGACAGGUGGAGUUUGACCUGAUGGACCUCUGCACUGACACGUACCCACGUCUCAUGGGUUUACUGAUCCAGACCGUAGGGGACGGAGGAGGUCUGCAGCUGGAGGACAGAACUCCCACAACAAAAACCACAUAUUCAGAACCAGGAGACGAUGAGCGUCCGAAUCACUGAGCAAUAAUCAGAUCAAUAAAUCAAUCAAUAGAAUCAAAGAUCAUCAAACUGAACAGGACACUGAGGAAAUCCAGAAGUUUCUGCACAAACUUUUCCGCUCAAUAAAAACUGAGUUUGGAUUUGACAAGUGUCACUAGCACCAGCUGAGGACUGAGGGGGACAUGUCCAGUCAGGGACCCGGGGUUCACAGGUCAAUGUCACAGCAGAGUCAGGCUGAAACUGACUGAGCUCAUUCAUUCAUCCAUUCAUUUGUUCAUCCAUUCAUUGUUUGGCUUUUAAAACUGUGAGAAAUGUUGUCACAAUUACCCAGAAUCCAAAGGGGCACCUGCACCAUGUUUGUUUGGUCCAAACCUGAAAGUGAUUCAACAUUAAAAAGACAAAGACGCCAUCAGUUCAUCAGAACGUCCGUCCAAGCUUCAGAGGACGAGAGGAAAUACGGUGGUACUAUACUGACCGGCCUGAGAUCACAGGGUCGGCGGUUCGAUGCCGCGACCAAGCACAAUGUGUACGGGUGGUGAUGAAGGAGACACCCCCCCCCCCCCCCCUCUGUAACUACAGUUGUGGUGCCCCUGAGCCAGGCACCGAUCCACCCAAGCCCCCGGGUGUCCUCUGCUCCACCGUCUCUAACUCUAACCCCUGGUUGGGAACAACUUGAGGGACAAUAAAGGAUUAAAAUGAAUGAAAUGUCCCUGCUUCCUGUCCACUGCUGUCCUGACCGUGGUGGUUCAGGUUCUGGACUCUGUAGAGGACAGUGUCUUACUUUGGUUUGUUUACAGAGCUGCUGCUGCUGCAUGUCCAGAAAUAACCCUCCCUCCGUCCCUCCGUCUCAUGUUCCUCCAGGACAUCCACUCUGAUCUGAGAUCAGAUCAAAUUGCACUUCUGUCUUUACACUUUUAUUUUGGAAGCUCUUUCUAAGAAGCGUUUCCUGCCGUGGGGACGGAGAGCGAGCGUCUGGUUAACGUGAGCUCCUGCAGGAUCUGGACUUUGUCCUGAUUGUCUCACAGCAGAUGUGUGCUGCAUGUUGUCCUCAGGACGCUGUGACCUUUGACCUCCUUUCUAUCUGCAGGGUUUCGUUGACUCAGAGCUAACGUUAGCAUUGACUCAGAGCUAACGUUAGCAUUAGCUCAGUGCUUCCAAAUGUGGAAACAGAAAGAGGAAACUGAGCAGCAGCGCUGACUCAGCUGAUCACUCUCUGAACGAGUGAUCGCCGGGCCUCAGCCAAUCACACGCCACCUGGAUACCCCGCUGACCAAUGAGGGUGAAGACAGUUCCCAAAAAAAGGAAAGGACAAGGUGUAACAUGACGACCCGCAGUGUUUAAUACGUGAUGUAAGUGUGAGUCUGUGCACUUCGUGUGUUGUGUUGUCAGAGGUCACAAGGUUUCUGAUGUGAACAGCUGCAGUCACAGUAAACAGAGUCUGAUUACACACACACACACACACACAGACACACACACAGACACACACACACAGACACACAGACAGACACACACACACACACAGACACACACACAGACACACACAC